CUAGAAUUUAAAGUUUUUGUCGAGCAUGUGGACGCAAAGGACAGAUUGGGAAAUAAAAGUCCAAUAUUUCUCAACCACAUAUUCACAAAUGGCAUAAAAGGUGUAACGGCUAUACAACGCGUAAACGCUAACAAAAUUGCAGUCAUUUUCAAGCAGUAUAAUACGGCAAACAAUUUUCUCAACAACACUGCAUUUUUGACGCAAAAUAACAUGAAGGCGUACAUACCGGCGACCCAAAUCGAAAAAACUGGGAUAAUCAGAUUUGUGCCAGUCAAUAUCUCAAACAAAGAUUUAUACUCGAAGUUGAGCUCUAUUUAUGAGAUCAUUGCGGUCCGCCGCUUCACGAAAAAAGUCGGGCAGGAUCGCGUUCCCUUACAGACAGUGAGCAUUACGUUCUUGUCGCAUGUACUACCGGACAAUGUACAGUACGAUUUAUUCUCGUACAGAGUAUUUGAAUAUGUGCCUCCACUACUGCAGUGUUUCAAAUGCUUUAAAUUUAAUCAUGCAGCUAAAGUAUGUAACGGAAAACAGCGUUGCUCCAUUUGCUCGGGCGACCACUUUUAUAAGGAGUGUGACAGACCGAAUGAGUUGUGUUGUGCCAAUUGUAGCGGCCCCCACUUGGCAAUUUCAAAAGCUUGUCCUGUAAAACUUAAAAAAAUAAUGGAAAAGAAGACAAACAUCACAUAUGCUUCUAAGGCUGACACGAGAAAAGUCGAGUAUCCGGCGUUACCUGACAAAAACAAAAUUGUAAGACCAGAAAAAACAACUAAAACACAAUCCCAAAAAAUUGCUCUUUCUACACCAGCAGAAACACCGAAAUUUGACAUUAAAAAAGAAUUACUACACAAUACAGAUUUAAUGAAUGCACUGGUUAGCACUCUCAUAGAAUUAGCCAACAAGACUGAUUCCAACCCCAUCACUAAUAAUUCUAUUAAAGAUACAUAUGCUUAUUAA